AUGUCCAAAGAAAAGUCAGUGGAACAAGUAAGCAGUGAAGCACCCAAAAGCCAAGAGAAAAAGAAAUUGAGCACCUCAGAGGAAAAAGAAGGAGGUUCCAACGCUCCCGCGCAACGAUCCGGCGCCAUUCACGAAGUCGAUGACUCUGUAGUGGAACGAGCUAAGGAACCAUCCGCAACAGAGGGCGCCAAGCAGGAUUCCGAACUUUUCAACUCAAUUGCUGAAUAUAACAAAUGGAUCGUGGAGAGUGGUCGAAAUAUCGUGCCCGUCCGGUUAUUCUUCGAUACCGAUCCACUGGGACCUCCAAGAAAAACGCUAACGGACGACUUCGCGAAACGAUCCAUAUCUUCAUCAGGCUUGACGAAUGACAAAAAAGUUGCCGAAAAGCUGCCCGUGGUAGAUGAUAGCUCCCAUCAGAGCCUAGGGGCACAAGGGAAGGAAGCAAAACAAGUGAAUGAAGUGGAAAAGCUCUUCAUCAAUUCUGGAAACACCAACAUGGAACCCACGACAGUUUUUAGCGCCGAAGCGAGUACAACGGCUGUACCACUGAAAUCGCCUUCACCCACGUCGGAGCAGCCGAAAAGCGAAGCCGAAGAAAACUCUUCAGAUGAGAUGGCUAGUAGUGGGAUGACCCCACCUAUGACUAGUGAAUCACAAGAAGAGUUGUUAUUCCUUGACAACCACGAGACAACUUUACCUCCUACCUCUACAAAACCACUGUAUAAGGCGGAAAUCACUCCUCCAGUGUCUACCAUAUUUGUCCCGAACACUUCGACAUCAGGGAAACUCAGCUCAGAUUUAGUUGGCGAUUUGGUGAUUAACAAUACUUCUUCCACCACCUCGGCACCGUCUUCGAAACUCGUUAGCGAGACGGCAGAAAUUAAAGAAAGCAAACGGCCAAAGUUGAUGCUGCUCACGUUGAGCAUGAAGGAAGUUGAGCAACGACCACACCGCCGUCCUACCACUCGACAGAUCUCCGCUGUCACCGUUCCACUCCCAGUAGCGAAUCCUGCAGCAGCAAAUCGCAGCAAUACGUUGCCACCACUGCUGUCAAUGCCAUCGCUGAAGAGUCUCUCGUCAUUCAGCUUGUUGAAUACACCCGUAGACAUCGCCACAAAACAACAACCACCUUCACCGAAGAAAACGGCUAAAAAUAGACGGAUUGAAGAGGAUAGAAAGAAGUCUUCUGGCGUGCUCGGGCUGAAAAAUUUGCUCCAGGCAAGAAAUCAGAAGCGAAAGCUCAGUCAACAUCGUACGCCGCCGCUUGGCACAGUGGACUCUGACAGGAAACUUGCAGCGAACCACACAAAGGGGACGGCCACAAGUGGACAGGAGUCAAUUCAUCAAAACACGGCAAAG